UUGGUGGGGAGGGAAGAAAGGAAGGAAACCAAAUUGUAGCCGAUUACCAUUAGCUCGGGCGGGUGCAGCAGUGGCAGUGCAGUGCAGUGGGCCAGGUAACGCAAAAUGGCACGUGGGCUUUGUGCCCGAAGUGCUUCGGGGGGAAUGGAGUGGAGAUCGGUGAAAGAAAUUCGACACCUGUGCAACGAAUUCGCAUUUCGGAGCCACGGUGGUGCUGCCCUCUGGUGGAGAGGGGGUGAUGGCGUUUUUGCCGGUCCGGGCGCUUCCCAUUUCGCUGCUACCUGGUGCUAUAAAACGAUCCAUUUCUUCGGAAGGAAGCAUCAGUGAUCUUUCGACAGCUCUUGCAACCACACUAGUCCCGAAACCACUAGCCAUGAAGGUAUUAAUCGUUCUAGCAGUGAGCAUCGCCAGUAUGGCGGCUAGUGGCUACGCCACAAAGGUAGCCACCGGCCAGCAGAAGACGCUGGACAAACGCAGUCCCUGGGGAUUUUUCUACGGCGGAUUUGGAGACAGUUUAGCGCGAUCGGACGAUGUACAUGGGCACGGGGUAGCAUCGUUUGCGGCGCCACAACAGCAGUACGGUGGUGGCUGGCAUCAGGAAUAUCAGCCACAGGGGCAUCACUGGGUGCAGGCAGACCACGAACCGAAGUCACUAAGUCAUACUCCGGUGCACGAGUGGCAGGCUGAGCGAGCGGCUGCACCUGUCCACUACGACGAACAUGCCCAACAGCACCAGUUCCACUUUGGAGGUUCGUUCGAGCAGCCGAAGGUGGAGCAAUCGUACGGCUGGCAGCAGCAACAGCAGCAGCACCAUACCCUACAGGACGAGGAUGCAUCCAAGGACUGGGGACUGCAGCAUCAACAGCUCCAGCAGGGAGGCUCUUCCCACGAGUGGAACCACGACGAAGGGAAGGAGAAGGAGCUGGCUGGUCAUGGUGAUUGGGCACCGCUGUCGGCCGGAAGUGUCGAUCUGCUCAAGGAACACUCCGCCCAGUCGGUGACGACGGAAACGAAGGAAGAACAUCACCAGGAGUGGGCCCCCAUCGAGGGAAAGGCCGAGGAGCACAAGGAGGAGCAUCACCAUACGAAGAUCAUCAAGGUGCCGUACCCGGUGCACAUCGAGAAACCCUACCCCGUGUACAUCGAGAAGCCGUUCAUCGUGGAAAAGCCGGUGCCACUGAAGCUGUACAUUAAGAAGAAGCAUCAUCACUAGACAUUAAGGCAAACAAAGUGUAAAGUCAACUAGGUUAGGAACGAAACAUUUGUAACUGAUAAGUGUUAAACUAAAGACACACCUGUAUACCGUAAA